CCUGUACUGUGUCCGCAGUCUCUGGUCAUCCCCUGUACUGUGUCCGCAGUCUCUGGUCAUCCCCUGUACUGUGUCCGCAGUCUCUGGUCAUCCCUGUACUGUGUCCGCAGUCUCUGGUCAUCUCCUGUACUGUGUCCGCAGUCUCUGGUCAUCCCCUGUACUGUGUCCGCAGUCUCUGGUCAUCUCCUGUACUGUGUCCGCAGUCUCUGGUCAUCUCCUGUACUGUGUCCGCAGUCUCUGGUCAUCCCCUGUACUUCCUGCAGUCUCUGGUCAUCUCCUGUAGUAUGUCUGCAGUGUCUGAUCAUCUCCUGUAGUAUGUCUGCAGUGUCUGAUCAUCUCCUGUAGUAUGUAUGCAGUGUCUGGUCACUUCCUGUACUAUGUCUACAGUCCAUUGGUUCAGAAUAUUUUUUUUCUUGUCUUUCUCCUCUAAAACCUAGGCGCGUCUUAUGGUCAGGUGCGUCUUAUGGAGCGAAAAAUAUGGUACUUUUAUUGCCCCCAUAGUACUGUAAGUGCUGAACAUCUAGAGCUGAGAAGUUCUAGCAGUAGCACACUGGUCACAGUGGGUCGCUGUUUGUACGCUUUCUCAUUUUC